AUGUCGAUUUGUUUGAAAUUGUUUAUCUUCGUAGUCCUGCUCGUAGUCACUGGUCAUAGUUUACCAACAUUAUCAGAAAAGCAAUGCAAAGAUUAUUUAGCAUCGAACGAUAUAAAUCAACAAAUACAAGCUUUAUUCUUAUGUCCAGAAAAGUGGCGACAGAAAGUGAAUAGAAUAACUGGUCCAGUGAUAAAACGAUCUGUUCUAGAAGAAGAAUAUACAGACGAAUUACCGGAUGAUUUCUAUGUCUUCUGGAUAAUGAGACAUCCAAUAAUAUAUAUAGACAUAUCAAUGAAUCGGCCCAUCGAAGGCGCAGCUAUGUUGGAAAUUAAUAUGGAAGAAGUCGAGCAAAGGUAUGAAUCUUUAGCUAUGAAGAUAUUGAUUCUUUCGAUCCUUAUAUGCUAUUUAUUACUAAUGUAUAGUAACGAUGUCGUUACUCGACCACUCGACUCAUCAAAAUGUGAUAAAUAUAAUAAAAAGGAUGUUGUGCUUAAACUCUUUUUGAUUUAUCGAGAUUUGGGUGUGAAACAAGGUCUCAUAUGUGCAGAGGCCGAAUUCACGAAAGCAGGUCGAUAA